AUUUCGAUGCCAUCCAAAUUCUAGUCGGCAACUAAAAUCGUUUCAAAACGUAGAGCAUAAAUCCCCAAAUUUAAAGGUCACACGAUCACAACUGCUUCUGCAUUCAAAGCUCCACUUCCAGGAUGUGCAUGCCGUAUCUGAGUAAGCUCUUCGGUAGUGGAGAUCGCCGGCAGCGUCGCACCCAAGAUGUAGGCAUUACCCCGCUGCCCAGUUUGGCCAAUGUGACCCAGGUCUCCAUGAACACCGUCAAGUCCGCAAAGUCAGCGAAGUCGGCCAAAUCCGGCAAAUCCGCCAAAUCCACCAGUCGCCGUAGUACCGCUGUUGUCAAUCCGUCUGAUUCCAGUGUCAGCAGCAUUGAGAAUUAUACGGAGCAACCUACGGGGACCGCCUCCCGAGGAGUUGUGCGCAACACCUCCGCCUCUGUGCCCACCAGUGCUGUUCCAGCAGACGAAGCGGGAGCACUCCGAUCCUGGUGGGAAUACUUUGGCAUGAGCAAGAACAAGAAGCCCAGCAUUGACUCGCUCUAGACAUCCGAGGAUCGGGAUUGGAGCAAAUUGCAAUGGCCACCAGCGGAAAUGUAUUCAAUAGCUACGUUUGAGUUGGAGUCUCUUAUAAACUCAGAAACUAAACAAAAAUCAAAAAUCUAUUGCAUUUUCGGUUUCGAGAUAAAGUUGAAUUAAAAUGUUCAUUUUUGGACCUCUGGGAUACCAAAAGUCCUAUAG